AUGGCCAACCUUGGGGUAUUCUUGGGCAAUCGACAUGCAGAGAGGGAAUCUUUGGGGUGCUUGAGGUGCUGCGUGCAUGGGUGCAUUAUCAUAGAUCAAGAUGUGCUCAUACCCAGGGUAAUACUCAUUGAGUAUGUCCAUGGCCGCAUGAGCCUGAGCAAUGAUCUCGUCACUGGUAAAGUAACCAUCUUUGUUCUUUCCUGGACCCAUCACCACUUGUGCGCUCUUCUUUCCACCUGGGGACUCAAGCCACUCAAAUUUGGCUUAGAAAAGGUGCAUCUUUAUGCUCCCAACCUGAUCGGGUACAAGGGUAAGGGUAGGGAGGGUAAGGGUAGAGGAAUGUUACAUACAUCAACAACAAACAAACACUUUUCUUUCUCAACUACCACUAUCCACAUUGACGACCACCUGCAACCGCAACCAACAACCCCACCUUCUGCAACCACCGCUGUUCGACGUUCUGAACCACCAUCGCACACAUUGACAACAACGACAACAUGGCAACGCCACGUCAGCAGCCCAACGGCUGACGGCGACCUGGCAUGUCAACGGACGUGCCACGUCGUCCAGACGGUGACGACGCAAUCGUCGUCACUGCCCACAUUAGUUCAGACAUGCCAACAACAACAACAACGAGGCGACGCCACAUCACCAGCCAAAUGGAUGACAGGUGACGGUGACGACCUGGCAUGUCAACGAGCGCCCAACACCAUGAAAAGUGACGAUUGCCCAGCACCACCACUUGAGCCCAGGUGCUACGUCGCUGUUAGCAACGUGGCAACCAAACGACGAACAACGGCCAAUUCAUUGUUCGUCGUUGUCAUCCAUCUCAUGACCCACCGCAUGGGUUUGCUGGAAUACAAGAAAAAGGCCAGUCAGGACACAAUGGGCAAGAAACUCCAAGUAAAGUUGUGUCGUGCGGUUACCGUGGGUGGGAAGGAGGUGUGGUUGGCAGAUCUCGUAAGGAUUAUUUUCUGCUCUUGCAAGCAGGAGGUGGAGAGGUUGGGAAAGGCAAAGACUCAUGAGGCAUUCCAGGUGAACGUGUUGUAUGUCAAAGGAAGUCCUCUAGUGGUGAUGUACAUGUACGAGAAGUUCCAGGAUGCUUGGAAGGCGGAGGGGUACACCAUGGCAAAGGCCGAUUUCAUGACCUAG